AUGAUAUUCGACUUAAUACAUUUAAACACAGUUUGCGGUGCUACUAAAAAAUGUGUUCAAGUCGCAAGUCCUGAACCACAAUGUGGACCAAAUGAAGUGUUCAGUACCUGUGGCCCUGUAAAUGAUUGCGAAGCUACCUGCAAACCUUUUUCAUCUGAUAUAGCUUGUCCGUACAUUUGCCUCACAAAAUGUGUUUGUAGAGAUGGAUAUGUUCGAGAUAACAGCGAAGAUAGAAAUUGCGUUCCAGUUGAGUCAUGUUCAUCUCAUUGUGAAGAAAAUGAAAUUUACAGCGAAUGCGGAUCUGGAUGCGGCGACGCCAGUUGUCAAAACUAUGAUGCUGAACCAGGGUUUUGUCCAACUUAUUGUAAUGUCGGAUGUUUCUGUGAUAAAGGGUAUGUUAGAGGUCCCAACAAAAAAUGUAUCACUGUUGCCGAAUGCACAGAUCCCACAGAUCGUUGUGGAGAAAAUCAAGAUUAUGUCUACUGUGGAUCUGCAUGUGGAAAUUUAACUUGUGAUAAUAGAAACGAAGCUGCAAGAACUUGUCUUGCUGUUUGCUUGGAAGGAUGCUUCUGUAAGGAAGGUUUUGUGGAAGGUCCGGAUGGAAAUUGUAUAAUUGCCGAGCAAUGCCCUCCAAGUUGCAUCUUUAAUGAAGUGUGGACCGAUUGUGGAAGACCCGAACCUUGUGUAGCAACAUGCAAUAAUCUGAAUCCAUUUGACAACUGUGCAGAUGAAUGCAUUGAGAGAUGUGAAUGUGCUGAUGGAUAUGUUUGGGAUAAUGUCAACGAUAAAAAUUGCGUUCCCGUUUCUUCAUGUUCUGGAAACAGUUGUGGUGCCAAUGAAGUGUGGACCGAUUGUGGAAGACCCGAACCUUGUGUAGCAACAUGUAAUAAUCUGAAUCCAUUUGACAACUGUGCAGAUGUAUGCAUUGAAAGAUGUGAAUGUGCUGAUGGAUAUGUUUGGGAUAAUGUCAACGAUAAGAACUGCAUUGCUGUAACUUCAUGUGCUCAAUAAGGUUCAACACGAAAGAAGUUCUGAGCAUAGAGAUUGAAUAAAUUGAAUUCGAAAUCGUGCUUGAACGAUCUUCAGUUACGUAAUUGAAAUAAAAACAUAAAUAAAGUUUUCAAAUUACAA